AGCCAUGAUGUGCUACAACUAUACACAGCGCCAGCUCAAAUAGGCGGAUCUUGCUCUAAAGUGCAAGCAGCGCAAUACAAAGACAGAUUAAACUUGCAGGUAUGCAAGUGUCAUGUCGAUUGCAACCUUGUAACAGGGGCAGGUAUUUUGCGAGCAGGAAAUAAUUUUAACGACCCUGUUUAGCAAUGAAAUGCCAGUCAAGUGUGAAUCAGACGCAAGUGCGGUGCGGUUGUUGAAGGAGAAGGACCCAGACCAGCUGUAUGGCGCGGUGAGACACAUCAAGAACAGGGUUAUUGGGAGUCGGACCCGGAAACAGGAGUAUCUAGAUGAUGGCAUCCUGCCAGAACUUAUUGGUGUGAUAAAGCUGCACUCUACACCAAUCUCAGUGGAAGCAGCCUACAUUUGUAACUCUCUAGCUCAUGGUGGGAGACAAUACGUUGAGCACCUCAUCUCAUCCGGUCUGGUGGAAACUCUAAUUGAUGGUAUCUUCCUGGAGGAACAGAAGUUGGUGGAGGCCUGUCUCCGAACCAUCAGGACCAUCUACCAGUACCCCAACUUAGAAUGUCAGAACCUCUGGGAGAUAGAUAACUUCAUUCCCAGGCUGAUAGAUCUGAUGAUGACGUCAGAGGUAGCGGGCCAGUGUUGUGCUAUGAUUAUUGGGAGUGUGUGUAAGUCUAGGGAGCAACAAGCCAUCCUCUUUACAACCCCCAUCCUCAACAACAUCAACUCUCUCCUCUUAACAGAGUCCACUCAGUCUAACCUGGCUGGCUUGUUUUGUCUAUCAGAGCUGUCUUAUGACAAUCACUUUGUGGCACAGGAGGUAGCAGGUAAUGAGAAACUGGUGAAGAGACUGUUCAAGCUUAUGAGAAGAGAUAAGUAUAUUCUGGUGCAGUAUAACGCGGCCAAGUGUCUUACCAACCUCUUCAGAUUGGGAGCUAUCAACGAGGAGAGAUCUAAAACUCAGAUUCUGGACACUAUAGUGUACCUCUGUCUUUCAGAGGAUAUCGCCAUCAAGCACAUCGGAGCUAAUCUCCUUCAUGAACUGAUCGAACAGAAUUCUGAGUUACAGCUGUGGGCUUCCUACUCACAACAUCUGAUGAGGGGACUCAGCAGGUUCUUCAUCGCCAGCAAGGAUCCUGAGUUUUCUCCUCGACUGAGAGCUGCUGCUUUUAAAGCGUUUGCAGCGUUGGGUGAGACGCAGGAGGACAUCAGAAAGAGCAUCAUUGAGGGGGAGAAUAUUAUAUCCCAUCUGAAGUUUGGUUUACAAGACGACAGUCUGGAGGUACAAGUAGCAGCGCUGUCCUGUCUUCACUCCUUGUCACGAUCUGUAAAACAGCUGAGGACCAACCUACUGGACGCAGAAGUGUGGCAACCACUCCUCAAACUCAUUAAGACUGACGAUGAUGAGCUCGUCAGGACUUCCUCUAGAACCCUCUGUAACCUCCUACUUGAUUUCUCACCCAGCAAGGAGAUCCUGUUGGAACAAGAAGGAACAGUGGAGCUGCUCUCAAAGCUGGUCCUUAACUCCGACGAUGAAGUUAAACUGAACGGGGUGUGGGCUCUGAUGAACAUCACUUACAAAGCUAACUCUGAUCUCCGAUCUAAAAUCCUCUCGCACUUUGGGGUUCUCCAAAUACUGGAGACAGUUGAGGACGACUGUCCGAAAUUAAAGAUAAAGGCACUUGGUUUACUCCGAAAUAUACUCUGUGACCCAGAUGAAGUUGACAGGAUAAUGACAUCGCACGGGAGAGAAGUUCUGAAGACACUUGUCCCAAUCCUGACUAACAGUGACAAGUGGAGUGAUGAGGAGCAGGAACAAGUUCUGUGUGUAUUCAUCAACAUCGCCACCGGGCACAUUGCCAAGGAUCUCCUGACAGAGAGAGACGAUCUUAUGCUCUGUCUCUUGAGGUUCCUUUCUCAUCUCAACAGCCAGUUACAGAUAGCAGCAACUACGUGUAUCACACAUCUAGUAAAGAGCGAAGACAGUGGAUGUCUGGACCGGCAGAACAAGCUCAAGGAAAUGGGCCACUUCAAGGAGCUGCAGUCACUGCUGGGAGCCCGACCAGAGGUAGCAGACAGAGCCAAGAUAGCUCUGCAGUACUUCCAAUAGUCACGUGAUGUGACGUCAUCACGAUGACGUCAUCCUGAGAUCAACCACAGUUUGUGAAAGAGAGAAAUCAGAUAGGAGAGUCAGAGAUUUAGAGUUGCGCUGUUGGGAGAAUAGUAAGACAGACUCAACAAUCAGAUACCAUUACAUGGCUUGAUUAAUUGAAAACUGAUACUUGUAUAAGAUAAGUCCGAAACUUGUUGUUUAUAAUCACUAAACCGGUUGUUUAUAAUCUCUAAACCGGUUGUUUAUAAUCAUUAAACGGAACCAAUUGAGAUUGAAGACUGUGAUUUGUGUGGUUUUAGAGUGGAGUACCGCGAAAGUGUUUCAGUUAAUGAACUUGAAUGUUAAGUUGUUUUUUUCUUCAGUUUAAUGAUAAGUAGCUUUUAGACUGGGUUUGUUUUAAAACAUUUUGUAUGAUGGUUUGUUUCCAUGGUUACACAAAUCGUAACUCAAGCAAUGUUACUUACACGAUGUAACAGGACUCGUAACUCAUGCUAUGCAAAAUUCACUAAUAUAAGACAUUUAGGGACUUUGAAGUCUCGCACAGAUUAUGAUUAAUCAAAUACAGUACAAUCUGAUUUUCUUCAUUCAGCCUUUUUCUUGAAACUUUUAAAUCUGCCUUAUGUUUAUUCAAACACUCUGUUGUUUGAAACAGACAAUUUUUCUUACCUCCUAUUCCUUAUUAUAUGGUCAAAUUGAUUGAAAGAUGUUCGAUUUCGUAAAUUGCUUUCAUGUUCAGAUGUACCUAACAACUUCAUGAUUACGUAGCUCUUUGUUUAGACGCCUUUUCUGAGUUUACAUUUUAUUUAUUAGUGAAUUUCUAUGUGAAGUUUUGUGAUGA